AUGCAGAGUGGACAAGGAUAUUGCAACUACUGCCAUGAGCCCUAUAACAACCUGGAGGAGCAUAUAAACAGUGCCCAGCACAGAAAUGCGACUACCCAGAACAGACGUCGGAUAGAGACCAGCAGUCUGAUGGAGCGUUUCUUGCAGGAUGUACUUUGUCACCACCCCUACCAUUAUAUACAAAGCAGAUCAACACAAAAUGAGAGGCAUUCUAAAAAUACCGUAUCUUCUAACGUGGCUGAUUUUCCUCCUUCUAUUCCUAUGGAAACAGUUAGGGACAACAGUGGAGUCAGAGGAGACAUACACUCCAGGGGUACAGAAGCUUUUGAAGAGCUGCAGGUCAGACCUAGAAGAGCUCAGAAAUAUAGUCAGGAUGUUUCAAUUCGACCAUCAGUUAUUCAGAAACUGGAGAAGGGACAUCAGUACCCUUUGGAGUUUGCCUAUAAGAUUAAGAGCGGUAUGGAAGAAUUUAAAGCAGUAGGUGUUAGCCAAAAUACAAAUAACGGUCAGAAUUCAGGAUGUUCCACAGUGAUUUUCAGUGCCCCCACUGCUUUAUCUGGAAAUUCUUAUGAUAGACCAGUCACAUCUAAUACUGCAAGGUUACCACGAGUAGCCCAUUUGGAUCAACUUAACAAAAGUGACCCAAACAAAUCUGACAGUCACCCUGAAAAACCAGGCCAGAGUUCGAGCAAUCCUGUAAUACCAUCUCAUCUAGAAAUGCCGUCAGUUUCAUAUACAAACCCUAAAGAAUUAAAUAGGAAAUCAUGUAUAAAUUCAGGCAAAUUGAUUUUACAAAAAGAUGUAAAGUUCCUGGGUAAAACUUUGCCAACUGGCUUCAAACUUCAUGAAUUUACACGUACUAUGGGUUCCUUCAGAUUGGAACCGCUCCCCAAAUCAGCAGUCAGCUCAGCAGCAAGCCCGAAUAAGAUCAUCAUACCUUCUAGCAAAGGAAGUUCUGAAGAUGCCUUUCUAAAAACACGCAAGGAAUUAUUUUCUAAAAUAGAUCAGAUUCAAGAAGAAAAGCAUUUCUCUUUUAGCCAGUUGGAGUUUUCAGAACCAGAGAAUUCAGCAUAUUCUGAUCAGUCAGUGUCUAGUCAAUCCCAAGAUGUGGUGCAACAGUUAAACCUUAGCAAGGAGAAACAACUUGACCCAGAAGGUAAGAACUAUGAAUCCAGACAUCCUGAAAUGAGUUCUGAUUGCAAUUCUUCUUGUCCUUCACUUACUGACCAAUCUAAGGCAACUCUCAAAGAAAUAAACCUUCCAGUGCAAGUGAAUGCUGAUCAGCAGAAUAAGAGUAAUGAAGCCUGUGUGUCUGAAAUAAAUUAUGAUUCUGAUGGUUCUUUUCACUUGGUUACCAAUAAACCUCAAGUGAUACAUACAGAAAUUAGCCUUCAGAAGACUAUGCAUAUUAGACUGGUUGACAAAAGCUAUGACUCUAGUAGUUCUGAAAUGAAUUUUGACUGUGAUACCUCCCAUCAAUCAGUUACUGACUAUCCCCAACAGUCUGGAAAAGAAGUCAACCUUCCCAAGGAAGUGCAUAUUGGCUCAGGUGAUAGAAACAAUGGGUCUAAUGGUUCUGAAACAAGUGCUGAUUCUGCUUAUGCACUUCAAACAGUGAUUGUCAAAGAAAGAAAAGUUCUGAUGAAGUCUCCCAUGGGCACAACAGAUAAAGACUAUGAAUCAAGUGGUUCUGAAGCAAGUUUUGAUUGUAAAAUUGCUCUACAGUCAGUGCCUGAUCAUCUUCAACAGGCUGCCAUGGAAGGAAAUCCAGAGGAUCGGCAUGCUGACCUGGAAGAUGAGAACUGUAAGCCCAGUACUUCGAAAGGAUGUCUUAGUCGUGAUGUUUCUCUUCAGGCAGUGACUGACCAACCUAAAAGGGCUGUUGGGGAGAGAAGCCAUCUGAAAGAGAAGAAUGCUGAUCUUGUGGAUAAGAACAGUGACUGUCAUGGUCCUAAAAGGAAUUUCCAUGGAGGCACUCAAAAAAUGACCGACCAAUCUUAUGUGACCAUUAAAGAAGUAAACCCUCUUGGGUUUCCUGUUGAGCUGCAGAAUCAGAAUGAUGAGCACAGUAUUUCUGAUCCAAGCGUUGAUUCUCAUGAUUCUUUUGGUCAGUUGGCCAAUGAUGAGCCUCAAGAAGCUGGGCGUAAAACAAGUCUGACAGGACAGAAUGAUGACACAGAAGUUAAAAGCUAUGACUGUUCCAGUUCUGAGCUGACCUUUGAUUCCGAUCCCAUCCUGUCUCUUAAAGAGCAGUCUCAGCUAGAUUUUGAAGAAAUAAAAGAUCACAUUAACCAGCAAAAUAAGAUCUGUGAAUCAAAUAGCUCUGAGAUAACUUUUGACUCUGAUAUUUCUCUUCAGUCAAUAGCUGACCUUCCUGAAGAAACUCUUGAUGAGGAGCAAUGUCCUGAUCUGGAAAAGAAAAGUAAUGAAUCUUGUGUCUCAGAAAUAACCUUUGAUUCUUAUGUACCCCCUCAGUCAGAUGCUGAACAAUCUGAAGAAGCUGGUCAAGAAAUGACAGUUCAGGAAGAGAAGCAUGUCUACUUGGAAAGGAAGGAGGACGAAUUCACUGGUUCUGAUAUGAGUUUAGAUUCUGAUCUCUCUUUCCACUCACUCAUUAAUCCUGCUGAUGUAGUUAAAAAUGUCUGUCACCAGAAAGAAGAGCAGAUAUACUUAGAGAAGGAAGGAAAUGAACUCAGUGGUCUGGAAUUAAGUUUGGAGUGUGAUAAGUCAGCGACUGACUAUUUCAAAGCUUCUAUGAAUGAAAGAGACUUUCAGAAAGAGGGACAAGCACACACAGAAAUCAAAGACAAUAGCUCUACUUCUUCUGAUAUCAGUUUGAAAUCUGAUGACCCUCUACACGCAGCGAUAGCUCAUUCUGACAUAGUAAAUAAAGCUAUAAACACUCUGAAAGAAGAGCAUGUACACUUAGAAAAUAAGGACCAUGGAUCGAGUGUUUCUGAAAUCAGUUUGAAAUCUGGUAUUUUUCGUCAUGUAGUAACUGAUCAUUCUGACAUAGCUAAUAAAAAAGCAAGCUAUCAGAAAGAAGAACAUGUACAUUUAGUAAACAAAAAGGAAGUUGAUGUUUCUGAAACAAGGCUGCCUUCUGAUAUCCCUGUGCAGUCAGUGAUUCAUGAUCUUAAGGUUGAAGAAAUAUACCUUCAGAAUGAAAAGUAUGUCUACGGAGAAGGUCGACGUGCUGAACCUGGCAGGCCUGAAAGAAGUUUGGAUUCUGAAGUCCCUCACUGUUCAGUGAUUGAAAUUCAAACACGUGUUGAAAGAAGGAACAUUCAAAGAAAAGAACCCAUCAUUCUAGAAAAUAAGGGUGAGGCUUGCACUAGUUCUAAAAUAGUUCUGAAUUCUGAAGCUCCUUGUCAUUUAGUCACUGAACCUCAAAUAUCUGUUGAAAAAAGAAAUAUCCAAAAUGAAGAACCCAUUGCUCUAGAAAAUAAGAGAGAGGCAUGCAGUAAUUCGGAAAUACUUUUGUAUUCUGAUGUCAAUUAUUUAGCCACUGAAUCUCAUAUAUCUGCCAGAAAAAGAAACAUUCAAAAAGAAAAGCAUGCCGCUCUCAAAAACAAAAGUGGUGAGGGCCGUAGUUCUGAGGCAGCUUUGGGUUCUGAGGUCUCUUUUCUGUCACAGACUCAGAAACUUCCAGAGGGUAGUUCUGGCCCCGAAAAUGGAAGUACCGCACCAAGAGGUUUUGAAAUGAAUUUGGAUAUUGAGACUCUUCUUCAUUCCAUCACCAGCCAACAUCAACUGCCUCUCCUGAAGGAAAGGUAUGUUGAUCUUGAAGAUAAGAACAGUGACUCUAAACCAACUUGUAGUUCUGAUGACCCUAUCCAGUCACUGGCUGAACAAAUUCAUGAAGCUGUUAAAAGAAUAAAUUUAUGGAAGGAAGAGGAUACUGGCCUGGAAAAUAAAACUGAUGAAAUGAGUGGUUCUAUGUUAACACACGAGCCUAAUGUUUCUCUUCGGGCUGAAGCUGAUCAACCUGAAGUAGAUGUUAGGGAAAUAAACCUUGAGAAAGAAGACAGUGCCUACCAGGAAGAUAAGAACAGCCAAUAUAGUGGUUCUGAAAUGAGUCUGGAUUCUGAUCUCUUGGUUGAGUCAAUAAUUGAUCAGCCUCAAAUAACUAUUCUAGAGCAGGAGCAUAUUGAACUUGAAGAUAAACACAGUCAGUCCUGUGGUUCAGAAAUGAGUUUUGAUUCUGAUGAGCCCCUUCAGUCAGUGUCUGAUGAGCUUCAGAAAGCUAUUAUAAAAAGAAACCUCUGGGAAGGUGAAGACACUGCCAUGGAAGAAAAGACAAAUGAAUCUACGAGUUACGACAGCAUGUACAAUUCUGAUGUAUAUCAGUCGGUGGCUGGUCCCACUGAAGAGGUAGUUAAGGAUAGUAACCUUUUCAAGGAGCAUGUUGACUUGGAUGAGAAGAUAGUCAAACCUAGUGGUUCAGUACCAAAUUGUGAUGAGAAAACUUUCCAUUCUGUUGCUGAUGAAAUUCAAGGGACUAUUAGAGAAAUAAAUGUUCGGAGGGAGAAAAACAUUUGUCUGGAUGAAAAGAGCUAUGAGCUCAAUCGUUCUAAAAUAGUUUAUGCUUCCAGUGUCCCUAAGCAGUCGGUGGCUGGACAGUCAGAAAUUUUGGAAGCGGAGCAUACAAAUUUGGAAGAUCGAAGGAGUGAUCCUUGCCAUCCCAAAGGAAGUUUUGACUCUGAUCCUCUUCAAUCAAUGGGUAACCAGCUUCAGAAAUCUGUUAAGGAAGUAAGUCUUUGGAAGGAAGAUCAUAUUUAUCUGGAAGACAAGAGAUACAAACUGGGUGAUUUUGAGGUAACUUUGGAUUCUGAGGCACCUGUUCAGUUUGCGGCUGGCCAGUCUCCUGAAACUGUGAGAGAAAAAAAUUUUCCAAAGAAGAAUCAUGAUGACCUCAAGCAUAAAGACUGCAAAUCCAGUGCUUCUGCAAUAAAAUGUGAUUACGAUCAUUUUCAGAUAGACAUUGACCAAGUUCAAGUGGUUUGCAGAGAAAAAAAUCUUCACAAGGAAAAGCAUCUUGGCAUGGAAGAAACCACUGUUGAACCCAGCGAUUCUGAAAUUGUAUGCGAUUCUGAUGUCCCUCUUCAAAUAGUGGUUAACCAACCUCAAAUGUCAGUCAAAAAAAGAAAUGUUCAUAAGAUGGUAUUUUUGGACCUCGUGACCAGUGACAGUGAUUGUGAAAUAAUUCCUGCUCCUGAUCUCCGCAUUCAAUCAGUGAUUGUCCCACCUCGAGGGACUGGCAAGAAGGUAAAUUGUAAAAAUGCAGAUGGCAUUGCUCUAGGAGGUGACUCUUGGGGUUCUGAAAUAAGGUAUGUUUGUGAAGACCCUCCUCAAUUAGUGGCCGCCAGCCAAUCCAAGGAGACUUUAAGAUUAGUAAACCAGAAGGGAGACUAUAUUGUUCUGGAAGAUCUGACCUAUGAUUCCUGUGGUUCCGAGACAGAUUUUAAUGUUAAUGUUACGCAGCAGUCCAUGACUUACCAAUCACACGGGGCUGGUAAAAAAAUGGAGAAAUACCGCUCAGAAAAUAAGCACUGUGAAUCUAGCGGCGCUGAAAGAAAUUUCAACUGGCAAGACUCUUCUCAGACCAUGGCUGAUCAAGAGCACAAUGCUCCCAAGAAAAACAGCCUUCCAAUGAGCCUAAAAGAUUCCACCCUGAAGGAGAAGAGCUGUGAAUUCAGUGAGGUGGAGUAUGACACCUCUGCUGAAUUUGUGAUCCAUGAAAUGACCCCUAAGGAAAACCCGUGGAAGUUAAAGCAUACAGAUCUAGUAUACAAGGCCUGUGAACAGUGUCGUGCUGCAAUGAAUUUACAAGGUGAUCUCUCUCUUCAGUGUGACAGUGACCAGCUGAGAGCAGCUGCGAAUAACACAGAACUAUUUAAGAAGAUUUCCAUUGACCUGAAAGAUGACUAUGAUUCCCAUUCAAGUGCUGUUUUCACAGUUGAUCCUCAAAGAGACCAGGAAAAAGCAAAGGUCAUAGAUGAGAACUCUGCAGAACCGGUUCUUGAAGCCCUGCCUCAUGUCCCUGCCUCAUUUGUAGGGAAAACAUGGUCUCAAAUAAUGAAAGAAGAUGAUGCAAAAAUAAAUACCCUCGUGAAAGAAUUCAGGGAAGGCCAUUUCCACUCUUACUUUGAUGAUAACUGCGAGGCCAGGAGAGUGCAAAAAAAAGUUAAAAAAAGGGUUACGUGGGCUGACCUUGAUCAGGAAAUGGCACUAGUUCAAGUGUUACCAGAUUCCGAUGAUACUGCAAGUGAGGUUUCUGAUACUGAUAACUCGUCAAUGACCUUUGAUAAAUCAUGCCUUCAUUCUCCAGCAAAGGGGCCUUAUAAUCAAACGUCGCAGGUGGUUUCUCAAGGACAAACAGUAAGAGACAACUAUGGAAUGAAGACAAAUUUUAGUAGCUACUCAGAGAGGAAAAGAAAAAUAAUGGGACAGGAGGAAGACUCGCCGAAAGGAAAGUGUUUACGUUUACAGGAUGACCAAACCACCAAAAACCAGAACACUGGAAUAACUGAAUUUUCUGAACCAAAUGCCGAAGUCUUAAAACCUUUACAACCCAAUGCCUUUAUCUAUGUUCUUUCUUCUCCAAAUGCUAAACAGAAGGAAGGUGAAUCUUUCAAUUUCUCUAAAGCAAGGACAAAAGGUGAUACAGACAGUUGGGAUGAUACGCAGUAUAAAUACGAACAAAGUUCCUUUAAGUAUUAUGAUCCACUGACUAGGCAAAUCGUGAUUAAUCCCCCGGACACAGUGGUGCCAGAAUGUGACAGUCACGACUGGGAUGAGAGUAAUUUCGACAGGAACAAACUGGACUUCAGUGCACAAGAUGAUGACGCCUCCGAAUCUUUUAUGAUUGUUCCAGUAAGAUAUGGGCUAAUGGCACAUCAGGGAGCCAGCGGCUCUGUGUUUCUAGAGAAAUCAGAGACUUUGAGUUCUAGUGAAGUACCAAAGGAAAGUAAUUUCCACUUAAUGUGUGUAAAUCCCGAAGCUGCCCAAAUCUCUGGCAAACCAAUGAAGAAGGGGAUUCGAGAAAGUAAAAGUAAAAACUCAAAGGGAGGCAAGGUGAAAAUGAAUAAGCAGAGUUUGCCCCCAAAGGAAUAUAUGCCAAAUACUAUCCAGCAAAAAACCAAAAUGCCUUCAGAAAAACAAUCGAUUAGGACCAAAUCAAAUGAUAUACUUAGAAAGUACAUUUCAAAAUACUCGGAUUUUUUACAUCAUCGGUAUCAGUCCAAGAGCACUUUUGUUGGAAUGCAUCUGAAGAAGGAAAACUCCGAUGUCAACAGACUAAUGAAGGUGACGGGAUCAGCCAAAGAGAUGGGACCAACGCCAUCAGCUGGCACUAAUGAGCAGAUGGGAGAGCCAGCCAGCUCUGCUCCAAGGCGAUCGAGGCAGGAGUCCUCCCGUGCCGCACGAAGGAAGAAGGAUGGUAGGAAAAAAUGCCUUAGCACACCAAAACAGCCUUCUAUAUCUGUUAAAAUGUAUGCCUUGAGAAGUUUAUCUUCUCAGAUGCCGCAGUCUGAGAGACAGACUCGGCUAUCAAGAAAAUUGAGAGGGAAGGAGGUGAACUAA